GUGAAGGGGAAUAUCAUGGUGGCGAACUCUGUGGCGGCUACGGUGCUCAGUGUGAAUAAUAUUAUUGCAGCAUAUUCGACAUCUUUGACUGCUUCAUAUGUGUAUUGUGCUAUCACGGGGUUUGUUCUUGGUCCAUACCUUGCCGGGUAUUAUCCAGUCAACAAUGAAAUCAUGGACGGAGAAAAUAUCGAUACGUUAUUCAUGACGAUGCGUUUCAGCAAAGGUGUUGGAGGAACUGUGGGACCCUACUUGGCGGGACACAUUCGUGGCGUCACAGGUAGCUACUAUGCAGUGUUCCUGUCCAUUGCGUCAUGUUUUGGCGUGUUCGUUUUUGCACUUUCUUUGCUUAUAUACAUCAGGAAGUGGAGGAGUUUGAAAAGUUUGGAAGGGAUGAGGGACGUCAAUGCGUUUAAUUGAAUAAUUUGUCCACGUUUUUACGCGGUGGAUUACUUUUUACAAAUAAACCCUGAAAGAUGGUUCAAACUUUAUUACUUUGGCAUUUCCGCCCCAUAUUAUAUAUCUACACAUAUUUAAGAUCUCGUAUGUCACCCCACAAGCUGGGAUAUUCAGAACAACAUGAUAAUUGCAAGGACAUGAACGGCUUAAGGUCUCGUAUGUCAAUAUUCCCAGUCGAUUCUGAUAGAAUGUUGCAGUAGAUUUGACGUUCUAUUUCCAGUGCAGCCAAGCUGAGAUUUAUAGUUUGAAAUUGUUAGCGUGAAAAUAAUCUCAAUAAUGCUACUAGGCCCUGACACGUACGCUUUGACUGGUCGCGAUGACAAUGUGGGGCAUUGGUAAAUCUUGGGUGACUAGAAGAGAUGUUAUUAGUCAGAUUUUGUCAAUGAAAAUCUUGACAUUAAAUCUGUUAA